UAGCCAUACAGCGAAGAAAAAGAUGGCACUUGCAGAGAUAAACAAAGAUGCUUUUAGGUUAAGUACGUUUUUGGAAAACAUUCCUUUUUUGAUUCAAUUGUGAUAUAAAAUUGGAUAAUAUCAAAGAAUGGCCGAUCCAACAUUACAGACCUUUUGUUGUCAUCAUACAAACAGAACGGAUCAGGCCAUAGCAGUAAUGCAAGAAUUUAAUACGGACGCAUACAAUAUAGUGUGUAUGAUUUCAUCGACAAUGGGAAUGAUAGGCGCGAUUUACCAGAUAUUACCCCGAGAAGAUUUAAAUAUUUCUCAACGAUGGAGAAGCUUCUCUAGAGGGCGAGAUAUUAUUGUAUGGCUCGCUGUUGCUGAUCUUUUAGCAUCUUUAGGUGUUUUUGUGAGGUCGGCAUUGUGGAAAAAUUUCAAAUCUAUCAUGCCAUUGGAAACCGAUAUGUCGAGUGUUAUCUUUUGUGCUUUAUCAUCGGCAUGGAUACAAUAUUUCUACAUGGCUACUUGGAUAUGGACAUUAUGUUAUGCAGUGGACAUGAAGUUAUUGUUAGGCGAUAAAAAUGGACAUUCUAUUUAUUAUCAUGUUUUAGCUUGGGUACUUCCAGCCAUUCUUACCUCAUUUGGACUGAUCAUCUUAUACAUUCCAGAUGCAAAUUGUCACAAUUUGACAUCAUUAUCCAGUGCCGUAUUGCGUAUUCUUCCAAACUAUUGUGCUACAUAUGUACUAUUGGCAAUAGUCAUGAUUGCAAAUCCUAUUUUGUACGUCGCAUCAACUCGAGAUCUUGAAACAGCAGUUUUACAUAGCAUGGCUCAGAUGACUGGAAGGGAGCGAAGAUUAAUACAAACAGUUAGAUUAAAAUUUGCUCUCAUUAAUUUAGUCUAUUAUGUAUGCUGGAUACCAAAUUUAAUCAAUGGAAUAUUAUUAUGGACUUUAUGGUUUAAGUUGCCAAUUAAAGCGAUUAUCACUUUAUGGUAUAUAAUGGCUGUAACAAAUCCUCUUCAAGCAUUCUUUAAUGCAAUCGUUUAUCAAUCAUGGACUAGAAGAGAAAAGUUGCGGUUUGAAUGUUGUCAAGAUUUCAAGUUGAGUGCCAAUAUACAUUUAAAUGCGAUUGAUAAAAGAAGUACUCAUUUUUCCGAAUCAUCUCCACUAUUGAAUCCACGACGAGAAUACAAACAGAACGUACCGCAUAUCAGCAUAAACGGAUCUUCGUCUCUGUGAUAAUUUUUUUACUGCCAAUCUAGAAAUAGAUAUAUAUAUAUAUAGAU